UUUUGUAUAAGGAAAAUGGAUGCAACGGUGUCGAGCAAUGAAGGGCUGAAUUUAUUUGAAGAGGUAUCCCAGCUACCCUCGAACAUGGGUUACCUGGCUUCCUUCCUGACGACGCUGUGGCUGACUUCCGCGGCUGCACAGUUCGGUGGCAUCAAGGACUUAACUAAGGAUUUGACGAAGGGAAUACAGAAUGAGGUGCAGGCCGCUGUGGAUCCUCUCGGGAAGACCAUCGCGUUCGUCGGUUCUAGUCAAUGUUCGAAUGUAAAGAAGCUGAUUGGAGUGACAUAUGAAAACUAUGCGGACUCCGGACCAGAUCUAAGCAAGCUCACUCUAGUCUUCAUUACAAGGGCCAAAACAGUCACCUACAACUUAACCCUGGCUCCUGAAGAGAUCCCCCAGGAGCGCUGGUUCAACCCUGCGCUGCCCUUCAGGAUCUUCCUGCACGGUUUCACGGACGACCCUUCCAAGUCCAGCUACCAGACCAUUAGCUCGGCCUUCCUUGAAGAAGAUGACGUGAACAUCUUGGCUCUGGACGCCAGUUCCUUGAUCCGCUGGUUCUACCUGCGGUCUACUGUCAUGGUGCAGUUCAUAGGAGAGAGGCUGGGCUCCGUAUUGGCCGCGUUAGUACCUGCUGGUCUGGAAGCCUCAAAGAUCCACCUCAUAGGCCACAGUCUGGGUAGCCACAUCGCAGGGUUUACCGCCAAGACGUUCUACAACCAGACCGGGCAGCGUGUUGGCAGGAUAUCUUCGCUUGAUCCCGCUGGACCUUGCUUCUCCAACCUGGAUAUAGACCUGAGGCUUUCCAAGGAAGACGCAGACUUUGUGGACGUCAUACACACUGAUGCUGGAGUAUAUGGAUUAAAUGAGGCGAUUGGUCACGUGGAUUUCUACCCGAACGGUGGCUCUGAACAGCCGAACUGCCUGUUCCAAACAUGCAGCCACAGCCGAGCGUGGCUAUUGUACGCCGAGUCUGUGCUGGAACCAGACUCCUUCGUCGGAGCGCAGUGCUCCAGCUGGAAGCAGUUCAUGAAAGGAAACUGCGAUUAUAAUGACACCAGCAUCAUGGGUUACCACUGCCCCACGGACACCCGCGGCAAGUACGACCUCCAGACCUCCGACGAGUCUCCCUUCGGCCUCAAAGAAGCAGGCCUCAAAUACGUCAACAAUGCCGGCAUCGUCAGGAACAUUAGAUACUUCAUCACGAAGAAAUAACCUAGCUUAAUAACAUCUAGACUAGAUUCAUGACUGAUUUUAUGCACUAGACAUCUAUCGAACCAUUUUAUACUCUGUUCCAAGAGUCGUAGUGUUGUUAAUUGCAGAAAAUAGGUCAUAGUGUUUUAGAUAUAUUAAUUUGCCAAAGCCACUGCGUGUUGCAUUAAAUUGUGAUGGAUUUAGAAUAAUAGAAUAGAAUUAAAUGACAUUUAGAAAGCUUCAAAGUGAUAAUUAAGAUUUAAUAUAUUGUUUAUAAGCCAUCCUUAUGCUCGAACAUAAUAUUAAUUUAAGUUUAAUAUUCCAGAACGAUGCUAUUGUAUCUAGAUUUUACACAGUCAUCAACAUCAUCAUCACAGAUAACUUAGUCUGAUCUAUUUAAUUGUAUAAGUAGUAUCACCCUUGCUCAUUGGUUGUGUUGACAAACAAUAUUGUUUAUUCAUUGGACAUCGUUGCAUUUAAACAAGACAUAUAAAAUCAGUAUGUACUUUAUAUACUAUAAGGUACAAGUAAAAGCUUAAGCAAUAAUCAAAUUAUGUUUAGAAUUUCCCAAGAUAUAAACCAUUAAGACAUUUCCAUAUAACUACAACCACUCAUGGUUUACAGUCAUUUUUAUAAACCAAAAAAAAAUACUAGUUUAAGGAUAAAAAAAUUCUUAAAUUCAUUUUCUCAUUGUAAAACUGCUGUUCUUGAUAUACAUUAUUUUAGCUGUUUACUAUUUAGUCGCUAUACGUGUGAAUCUGUAAGUGGCUCAAUGUUAUUAUCAUUCUGGUAAAUUUGUAUAAAGGUAAGCGGCCACACGCCUGCAUCGCACACAUCGGACGAAUCGCAUCAAAACGGAUUUUUUCAGACUGCAUCCACGGCAGUUUUCGGAUUGCUGACGCGAGUAUUAGCGAUCGGAUUGCCGAUGCCACGGCAUACCGUAUGACGUCAUCGGUACGUCUAAAAUCCGUUGCGUGCGAUGCGUCCGAUGUGUGCGAUGCGGGCCAGUAGACGCUUACCUUAAUGUAGCUGUUGUUUACAAAUAAAUAAAUACUUUUUCCAAAAUUA